AUGCCAAAUACACCGAACAUUGCCGCCUGUAGACGCAGCGUGCUGUCGUGCGUCAGGUGUCGGAAGAGGAAAUCCAAGUGCGACAGACGGCUACCGGCAUGUUCCCAGUGCGUCGCUGUGGGCGCAGAAUGCAGGGGCUUCAACUCAGCCCGCGGCGCUGCUAUUCCGCGAAGUAUCGUACACCAUCUCGAGAACGAGAUUGCCAGCCUUGAGUUGAAAUUAGCAGAACUGGGCUGCGACGAGUUCGAAAUCCAGGAAGAGAUCGAUCACAACGAGCCUUCAAACACAAACCCUCCUGUCCUCGCUACGGCUGCUGUGAUCGAUGAGCCACCGCAGAUCUCCUCCUUGGAGGCGGAGAUCAGAGAGCAAUGCGUCGCGGUCGAGCAUGCGAGGAGUAGUCCCGCUCUGAAUACAGCCUUGCACCAUCGGAGAACAUCGAGCACCCGAGACGCGACCAAGGAGCGGGUGAUCGCCAGCGCCGAAAUCCAGUCGAUGAUCAAUGCGACCUUGCCAGUCGGUCCGUCGCUGACAGACGUUGUACGGCGAGUCCGGAUGGGACUCACGCCGUCGCUAGUGCUCUCACCUGAAGCGAAAGAGCAGGCCCAAAGCAAGACACCGGCCCAGAAUCGCAAUAGCGAACCUGAGGUCGAUAUGUCGAUCUUGGCAAGCCUGCCAUCUCACGUCGUCCACACGUUGGUCAAGAAGUACGUGCAGCGCAUGCUCCCCGUCCAACCGUUUCUGUACGAGCCGACGAUAUGGGAACAGCUCGACCGCGUGCUCUUGAAGAUUCCACGAGCUGAAGGAAGAGAGACUUGCCCACAGACGGUAAGACUGGACUACGACUUCCUUGUCAUCUACCUGAUUCUCUCCGUGUCUACAACCUUGGGCAGUGCAAAGGUAGGGCAAGGCGCGCGGUGCAUGGCCUUCUCUGAAGCGCUCUUCAAGGAAGGGAUUCGUCACCUCUCGCAGAAUGCGGCGUAUCCUUCAGACAUGGCUUGGAUCCAAGUCACGUUGCUGAUUCUGCAGUACGCAUCCAUUAAUCCAAAGCUGGGAAAUGUGUGGAUCCUCAGUGGGUUCGCCAUGCGCAAUUGUCUCGAGCUGGGUCUGCAUCGCGAAGUGUCGGAGAGUAUGGGUUUGGACCCCCUGACUAUCGAUUUACGCAGACGUAUCUUUUGGGCCGCAUACUGUAUGGAUCGCUCCAUUUGUGCGGCGCUCCAGAGGCCCCUGUCCAUUCCGGACCCGGCAAUCGACACGAGCGUCAUGUCGGUGCUCGAAGAUCGGUGCAUCACUUCACAUGGACUCGAUCACCAGGGACAAGCAACCAAGAAAUUGGCUAUCCGCUGGAUCGAAUAUAGACGAGUGCAAUCCACCAUCAUCGAAGUCCACUUCCAAGGCCGGCAGCUGGACCCUCAACAGACAUGGCAGGAGUGGCUGGCGAUAACAGAGCGACGAUUGUGGGAAUGGUAUCAUUCUGAUCUCCCGCACGACGGAUGGACCGAGUUUGCGUUGAUGCACGGCCUGGUAAUGUUGCACAGACCUUCAUCUCGCGUGCCCUUACCAUCUUCCACGAGCAUGUCCACGGCUUUCGAGGCCGCAUGCUCGUCGGCCAAGAGCUGUCGCGGGCAGAUCCUGUCGGGGUAUUUCCCGCAGCCAUGGCUUGCGGCUCAUCACACCUUCGAAAUGGCCCUGGUGGUGCUGUUCUGUUUACGACACAACUUCGAGGCGAUCGCGCUGCAAUUCAGCCCCAACGAGAUCUUUGAGAUGACAAAGCUCUUCACUUCGAACCUACUGACCAUCUCGAGCCAAGGCUGGACCGAAGUCUUGGAGUAUGCGGCCAUCUACGAGAGACUGCUGGGUCCACUACUCGAUGCCAUUUUCACGCGGUCUAGACCCGUCUCGACGGCACAUACCCAAGAACAGGAGGCGGAAUUGGCGAGGCUGCUGUACCCUAGUCCCGCACAUCCCCAGGAGCUACGGUUCGUGGAUAUAGGCGAUGCCGGCAGCCCGGAGGAUCUGUUCUCGUUCGAUGCCAGGAUUUUCGACUGGGAUGACGACCUGCUUGCUAAUGGCGCGGCUUCGUUCCCGUCAUUGGCAUCCUAG